UCCUGCAGAGGUAGCGUAAAACACAAACCACGUGACCAAGCUCGCCAAUGCCCUUCUGCAACUCAUUCAGCACGAUGGCUGCGGAUGCUGCGGAUGCUCUGCGCUCACAGCGCCGCAUCCUGCAUUCGUACCGCCUGGCUCUUGUCCUCUCACCGCUACUCCUCACCUAUCGUCCGGCCACUGCUGGGGCUCUGCUCGGCGUCCGGCCAGAGGACACCACAAGCGGGGAGCUGUCCGUGCAGGAUGGGAUGCUGAGGGCUACUGAGGGGACCCGGUUCAUGCUACGAGUUUACUACGCAGUCUCACCGGCUGCAUUCAAUCCCAAUCGAACUCUGAGCGGGAGAACGGGGGCUGGCCCUGCCACACCAUGGAUAGCGUUUAUAGAGGAAAUGUGGGAAGAAGGUGCAGAGGAGUAUACGCAACCUGUCCGGCACCAGAAACGGAACCCAUGUGUGGAGGAAAGCGCCCGGAGCUCUGACAUCGAGCUACUGGGUUCUUUCAGGUCCACCUCCAGCCAAAACUCAGUUCUUGUGGAACUGCUCGCCAAAGACCUGCGGAGAGGUGAGAAGAUCAAACACUACUCCAUGUGCGUCUUCGACGGAGCGAAGUGGGAACAUUUCAGGAGCAGGGACUACUGGCUUGCGGUGGCGGAGAAACCCCCCCAAGCGGACGUGUGGCUCCAGGCGGGAGUGUCGGUGCUGUUACUGGGGCUGUCCGCGCUCUGUAGCGGGCUCAACAUCAGUAUGCUCGCUCUGGAUCCCGUGGAGCUCCGGGUGCUCCAAAACAGCGGCACCGAGAAGGAGCAGAAAUACGCGCACAAAAUAGAAUCUGUGCGUAAACACGGGAACUACAUCCUGUGUACUGUGGUACUUGGCAACGUGCUGACCAACACUUGUUUUGUGGUCUGGAUGUGCAUGAUUAUAGGAAUGACCCCCCUCUCCACGGCGUGUUGCACCUUAGGGAUAUUUUUCAUAGGUGAAAUUCUGCCACAUUCGGUGGCCUCUAGACACAGCCUCGCUAUCGCCUCUAAGACGAUCUGGGCCACGCGGUUACUGAUGCUCGUGUCCUUCCCUAUCUCCUACCCCGUCUCCAAGAUUCUCGACAUCAUGCUACACCAGGAGAUCAGUAACUUUUACACCCGGGAAAAGUUGGUGGCCAUGCUGCGGGUCACCGACCCUUACCACGACAUUGUUAAAGAGGAGCUCAACAUCAUCCAGGGAGCGCUGGAGCUGAGGACUAAGACCGUGGAGGACGUACUGACCCCGCUAUCCGACUGCUACAUGCUGUCCUCGGACGCGGUCCUGGACUUCUGCACAAUGUCUGACGUGAUGCAGAGCGGGUUCACGCGGAUCCCGGUGUACGAGAACGAGAGGUCGAACAUCGUCGAUAUCCUGUUCGUUAAGGACUUGGCCUUCGUGGACCCCGAUGACUGCACCCCGCUCAAAACCAUCACGCAGUUUUACAAGCACCCAAUGCACUGCGCGUUCAAUGACACCAAGCUGGAUGUGAUGCUGGAAGAGUUUAAGAGAGGUAAGUCCCACCUGUCGGUGGUUCAGAGAGUGAACAGUGAGGGUCAGGGUGACCCCUUCUACGAGGUCCUGGGCAUCGUGACCCUGGAGGACGUCAUCGAGGAGAUCAUCAAGUCAGAGAUUGUGGACGAGACAGACCUCUACACUGACAACAGAAACAAGCGGCGUGUGUCUCACCACGAGCGCAAGCAGAAGGACUUCUCGGUGUUCAAGCUGUCAGCGAACGAGCUGAAGGUGAAGAUCUCUCCUCAGCUGCUGCUAGCCACACACCGCUUCCUGGCCACAGAGGUGGAGCCGUUCAGGUCAAGCCACCUAUCAGAGAAGAUCUUGCUACGCCUCAUCAAGCACCCUAGUGUGAUCCAGGAACUCAAGUUCAACCCCAAGAGCAAGCGCUGCCCCCAGCACUACCUCUACAACAGGAACAAGCCUGUCGACUACUUUGUCCUCAUUCUGCAGGGUCGAGUAGAGGUGGAGAUCGGAAAAGAGGCUCUACGCUUUGAGAACGGAGCGUUCUCCUACUACGGCAUGCCUGCCCUCCUACCAGCCCUGCCCACAAUCCUCAGGUACGGUUCACGCAGCAGUGGUCUCAACCAAUCAGAAUCUGUGCUGAGUGGCGUCAGUGCGGGCCAGCAGAGCUCAGGGGGAGGAGUCUAUCUGCCAGACUAUACUGUCAGGCAACUCACAGACCUGCAAAUCUUAAAGAUCACCAGGAACCACUACCAGAACGCCUUGACGGCCAAUCGCAUGGACACCUCCCCUUUGACCCCUGACCCCUCCGCCCUGGUCCCCGACAGAGGGGCCCGUCCCUCCGCCCCCGAGACACGCUCACACAGCAUCGCCCUGCCGCUCACACACACACACACACACACAUACACGCGCCUCGGGCUGGCUCGCCUCUCACACUCCCAGCACCACACACGCCUCUACAGCACCUCCCAGCUGAACGAGAGGAACCGCAUAGUCCGCAGCAAGUCUGACGGCCAGAAGAGCCCCAGUGACUCGGUGUUCCUGAGGAUGGAUGAGAUCCCCUACAUCUGGGAGGAUCGCCCAGAGAGCCAGGAGGACAGUGAUGCUGUGCCUGGGGAGCGUGACUCGUCCGCCUCUCUCUUCAUCAGUUCUCUCUCUCUCUCUGGCUCAGAAGAAACACUGGGAAAGAAGCUGCUGCACAAACUGAGUAACAAGAGGAGAAAAAGAUCUUGUGAUGGAGAGAAGAGUGUGGAGGGAAACACAGAGCAGCUUCAUCUAAAGACCUAACACCUCCCUCUCCUGGUGGAGAGGAGUCCCCAGCACCUCCUCUUCCUGUUCCUC